AUGGGCCCUGGCGGCUCUCGCCGUCCAAGAAAUUCGCAUCAUGCGACAGCCACCGCCGCAUCCGCCGCCUCACGCCAAGAUGGCCGUGAUCCAGAGCAUGAAUUUGAUAUCAUAGCGUAUCGAACGACGCUUUGGAGAACGUUCUUCUUCUACGCCCUCUCCUUCGGUACAUGUGGAAUCUUCCGUCUGAUCCUUCACUGGUUCCCAAAACGUCUCAUUCAAUUCCGCGCCAAACUGUGCUCCGUGGAGCAUGCCGAUAUGGUACUAGUAGUGGAUAACCAUAAUCGUCACGACAUUUGCAACAUCUAUCAUCGAAAUCAAUCUGGAACCGAUCAUACGGUAGUCGCCAACACCGAUGGCACACUAACGGAACUUGAGGAGCUGCGAUGGUUCAAUUAUCGAAAACUACAGUAUACUUGGAUUGAUGGGGAAUGGUCAACUCCGUCUAGAGCAUAUUCUCAUGUUACACCUGAAGCAUUGGCUAAAAGUGCACCGGCGAGUGGGCUUAAGGCUGAUGACGUGGGACUGAGGAGAACAUAUUUUGGGAUGAAUGUGAUGCCCGUGAAAUUGAGUCCGUUUUAUGAGUUGGUCUAUAAAGAAGUCUUGUCGCCGUUCUACAUUUUCCAGGCAAUCAGUGUCACGGUUUGGUACAUCGAUGACUAUGUCUGGUACGCCCUCCUUAUCAUCGUCAUGUCCCUUUACUCCGUUGUCAUGACACUCCGCCAAACUCGUUCCCAACAACGACGUCUUCAAUCAAUGGUUGUUGAGCACGAUGAAGUGGAAGUGAUAAGAGAGAAUGGAAGAGUCUGCAAGAUGGAUAGUUCGGAGAUUGUGCCUGGAGACGUGAUGGUGAUUCCUCCUCAAGGAUGCAUGAUGUACUGUGAUUGUGUUCUUUUGAAUGGAACUGUUAUUGUCAAUGAGUCAAUGCUCACUGGAGAAUCCAUUCCGAUUACGAAGAGCGCAAUAUCCGAUGAUGGUCAUGAGAAGGUGUUCUCUAUGGAGAAACAUGGGAAGAAUAUUAUUUUCAACGGGACCAAAGUGCUCCAAACGAAAUAUUACAAGGGACAACAUGUGAAGGCACUGGUCAUCCGAACUGCAUACUCUACAACCAAGGGACAGCUGAUUCGAGCGAUUAUGUAUCCGAAACCAGCGGAUUUCAAGUUUUUCAGCGAGUUGAUGAAGUUCAUCGGUGUCCUUUCCAUCGUCGCCUUCUUCGGAUUCAUGUACACCUCGAUCAUCCUAUUCUAUCGUGGAAGUUCCAUUCGCAAAAUUGUGAUCCGCGCUCUCGAUCUUGUCACAAUUGUCGUGCCACCAGCACUUCCGGCCGUCAUGGGAAUCGGAAUAUUUUAUGCUCAACGACGUCUUCGUCAGAUGAGCAUUUAUUGCAUAUCACCGACAACUAUUAAUACGUGUGGAGCUAUCGACGUGGUAUGUUUCGACAAAACGGGUACCCUCACCGAAGACGGACUCGACUUCUACGCGUUACGGGUCGUCGACAACGCCAGAAUCGGCGAGAACAUUGUUCAGAUAUCCACCAACGAUACGUGUCAAAAUGUGGUUCGUGCGAUUGCCACGUGUCAUACGCUAUCCAAAAUCAACCACGAGCUUCAUGGAGAUCCUUUGGACGUUAUUAUGUUUGAACAGACUGGAUACUCGUUGGAAGAGGAUGAUUCAGAGUCUCACGAAUCCAUUGAAUCCAUUCAGCCAAUCUUAAUCCGACCGCCAAAAGACAGUACCCUGCCGGAUUGCCAAAUCGUCAAACAGUUCACAUUCAGUUCUGGACUUCAGAGGCAAUCUGUAAUUGUAACGGAUGAGGAUUCAAUGAAGGCAUACUGUAAAGGAAGUCCAGAAAUGAUUAUGUCACUGUGUCAACCAGAAACAGUACCAGAGAAUUUCCAUGACAUUGUCGAGGAGUACAGCCAGCAUGGAUAUCGCCUUAUCGCAGUUGCUGAGAAGGAGCUAACCAUCGGAUCGGAAGUUCAAAAAGUUCCCAGACAAUCGAUUGAAUGUGAUUUGACGCUGAUUGGUUUGGUGGCUCUGGAAAAUCGGCUGAAACCAGUUACAACGGAAGUGAUUCAGCAAUUGAAUGAAGCCAACAUUCGAUCAGUAAUGGUCACUGGUGACAACAUCCUCACUGCUCUUUCUGUUGCUCGCGAAUGUGGAAUUAUUGUUUCAAAGAAGACCGCCUAUCUGAUAGAACACGAAAAUGGAGUUGUUGAUAAAAUGGGAAGGACCAUACUGACCAUUCGAGAGAAAUCCGAACACCAUACCCAAGAACGCCAAUCUAAAAGUGUGGAUCUCUCGAAAAUGAGCAAUUCCGAGUGCCAAUUCGCCAUUUCUGGGUCCACAUUCUCUGUGGUCACACAUGAGUACCCGGAACUUCUCGAUCAAUUGGUUUGUGUGUGCAAUGUGUUCGCCAGAAUGGCUCCAGAGCAGAAACAAUUGCUCGUGGAGCAUCUUCAAACCGUUGGAUCGACAGUCGCAAUGUGUGGAGAUGGAGCGAAUGAUUGUGCUGCGUUGAAAGCUGCUCAUGCUGGAAUUUCUUUGUCGGAAGCAGAAGCGUCGAUUGCGGCGCCGUUUACGUCGAAGGUCAGUGACAUCCGCUGCGUCAUCACCCUCAUCUCUGAAGGCCGUUGUGCUCUUGUCACUUCUUACUCCGCAUUCCUCUGUAUGGCUGGCUACUCUCUAACCCAAUUCAUCUCCAUCCUUCUCCUCUACUGGAACGCGACCAGCUUCUCUCAAAUGCAAUUCCUGUUCAUCGACAUUGCGAUUGUCACAAAUCUCGCCUUCCUGUCAUCCAAGACUCGUGCCUACAAAGGAUUAGCCAGCACUCCACCACCAACGUCAAUUCUGUCCACAGCUUCAAUGGUUUCGUUAUUCGGACAACUGGCGAUUGGAGGAAUGGCACAGAUUGCUGUAUUCUGUUGGAUUACACUUCAGCCAUGGUUUAUUCCAUUCCAGCCAACACAUCACGAUAAUGAUGAGGAUCGGAAGAGCAUGCAGGGUACCGCCAUCUUCUACGUCUCUCUGUUCCACUACAUCGUACUGUACUUCGUUUUUGCUGCAGGACCACCAUAUAGAGCAUCGAUCACUUCCAACAAGGCAUUCUUGAUGAGCAUGAUCUCUGUGACUAUUGGAUGCAUUCUUCUGGUGGUCUUCUAUCUUUCACCAAUACAGUACUUCCUCGGAUGCCUCUGGAUUUCUCAAGAAUUCUGCUUCAUCAUCCUGGCUGUCGCAUUGCUCACCGCCAUCAUUUCUGUGCUCUAUGAUAGAUGUGUCGAUUGGAUUUCCACCAAAAUUAGGGAAAAAAUUCGUCAAAGACGAAAGGGAGCCUAA